UCUCUGAACCGAACACUAGGUCGAGUUUGGCCUUCGGACACCCGAUGACCUAACCCGGGCUGUGCCUCGCGCACAAACCAAGCGAAUGUCCCUCACCCUCCACCCGGCAGCGAGGGGGCCGUGGAGCCCUGCGACGGCGGGUCGGCAGUGCGCAUGCUCGCCGCGCCGGCGCAGGUUUCCGCAGCAGACGAGCAGCUCCGCUGCGGCGUCCGGGGUUUCCAGCAGGGCCGGCACUCCGGUUCGCGCAGAGUCCUUGGCCUCGGCGGGCCCCCGGCGUCCCUGCGCUCCGCGAGUCCCCGGCCCGCCCAGCGCGCCACGAUCUGGCCCUCUGCCCCGCGAAGAUGGCUGCCGUACGCCGGGCCCGCAGUUACUGCCGAUGCCUGGUGCGCUUCUCCGACCGAGAACUCUGCUAAGCCCCGCUGCAGCAGACGGCAGGAGUAGACCGGACUCCCAGCGCACCUCCUCGCGAGGGCGGUGCCGAGGGGGCGCCGAGAGCCCCUCGGCCGCGGCCGGCCGGCCAGCCAGCAUGGCAGAAGCUGAGGAAGAUUGUCGUUCUGAAGCUGUCAGGGAAGGAGAUGAUGAUGAUGAAAACGAAAGCCCUGCUGAGACGGAUUUGCAGGCACAACUCCAGAGGUUCCGAGCUCAGUGGAUGUUUGAACUUGCCCCAGGUGGAGGCUCAGGCAAUUUAGAAUCUCGACCGUGCAGAGCAGCGCGAGGCUCUUUGCUGAGAGCAGGGGACACCAGAGGAAAGCAGGAGCUGGCGAAAGAAGAAAAGGCUCGAGAACUCUUCCUAAAAGCAGUAGAAGAAGAACAAAAUGGAGCUCUUUAUGAAGCCAUCAAGUUUUAUCGUAGGGCUAUGCAACUUGUACCUGAUAUAGAGUUCAAGAUUACUUAUACCCGGUCUCCAGAUGGUGAUGGCGUUGGAAACAGCUACAUUGAAGAUACUGAUGAUGACAGCAAGAUGGCAGACCUCCUGUCCUACUUCCAACAGCAGCUCACGUUUCAGGAGUCUGUGCUCAAACUGUGUCAGCCUGAACUCGAGAGCAGUCAGACCCAUAUAUCAGCACUGCCGAUGGAGGUCCUGAUGUACGUCUUCCGUUGGGUGGUGUCCAGCGACCUGGACCUCAGAUCGUUAGAGCAGUUGUCACAGGUGUGCAGAGGAUUCUAUAUCUGUGCCAGAGACCCUGAAAUAUGGCGUUUGGCCUGCUUGAAAGUUUGGGGCAGAAGCUGUAUUAAGCUUGUUCCGUACACCUCCUGGAGAGAGAUGUUUUUGGAAAGGCCCCGUGUUCGAUUUGAUGGCGUGUAUAUCAGUAAAACCACCUAUAUUCGUCAAGGGGAGCAGUCUCUUGAUGGUUUCUAUAGAGCCUGGCACCAAGUGGAAUAUUACAGGUACGUAAGGUUCUUCCCGGAUGGCCAUGUGAUGAUGCUCACCACCCCCGAGGAGCCCCCGUCCAUUGUUCCGCGCUUACGAACCAGGAAUACCAGAACUGAUGCAAUUCUACUGGGUCAUUAUCGCUUGUCACAAGAUACAGACAAUCAGACCAAAGUAUUUGCUGUGAUAACUAAGAAAAAAGAAGAAAAAGCACUUGACCAUAAAUACCGGUAUUUUCGCCGUGCCCCUGUGCAAGAAGCCGAUCAGAACUUUCACGUGGGGCUACAGCUGUGUUCCAGUGGCCACCAAAGCUUCAACAAACUCAUCUGGAUACACCACUCUUGUCACAUUACUUACAAAUCUACUGGAGAGACUGCGGUCACAGCAUUCGAAAUCGACAAGAUGUACACGCCGCUGCUGUUCGCCAGGGUGAGGAGCUACACCGCCUUCUCCGAAAGGCCGCUGUAGCCCUCACGUCUGCCCCCACCGCGUUGCAUGAGUAAAAGUAUAUAGAGAAACAGAGCAACCUAAGUUAUAAAUGUAUAUAUAUAUGAUAUAUAUAUAUAUAUGGAAUUGGACUUAUUUUACAUUGUCGGAGUUCUUUCAAGAAGAGUAUUAAAUUGAUUAUUUUUUUUAUUUAAAGGGAAAGUUGAUUCUUGGGGUGUUUGUUUUGAAAUUAAGUUGAAAUUAUUUUAAGUUUCAGGACACUUAUGUUGUAAAAAACCACAUGAGGUUUUAAAUCGUGCCCUUUUUCAAGCAGACCUCAGGGCAGGCUUCUGUCACAUAACAUAGGCUGUCUUCUGACCGGUCAGCCCAGUAUUGAAACGCUUCAGGGGGGCACCCCCGUGGGAUCAGCAUCUAUUUCACGCAUGACGUAGCGUCUCUUAACUAAAAGCUCAAAAUGUGAACCCCUGUUCUGAAUUUGUUUGAAACUGUUUGACCAUUGAAGAUCAUAAAUAAAAGGUUUCUUUCAAGAAAAUGUA